UGGAUUUGGAAGAAAGACUUCAUGAGUUGGAUCUUAGAAGUGACUCAGAUGUUCCUGAUGUUCCUCCACCAACAGACAGCACUCCAGAAAUCCUCAAAAGGGCUUUGUCAGGCUUGUCUGCCAGAUGGAAAAAUUGGUGGAUUCGUGGAAUUCUCACUCUAGCUAUGAUUUCUGUGUUUUUUCUGAUCAUAUACCUGGGAUCAUUUAUGCUGAUGCUUCUGGUCUUAAGCAUCCAAGUGAAGUGUUACCAUGAAAUCAUUACGAUAGGUUACAGAGUCUACCACUCCUAUGAUUUGCCAUGGUUUAGAUCCCUCAGCUGGUACUUUUUGCUGUGCGUGAACUACUUCUUUUAUGGAGAGACUGUAGCUGAUUACUUUGCUACGUUUGUUCAGAGAAGAGAACAACUUCAAUUUCUAAUACGUUACCACAGGUUUAUAUCUUUUGCACUCUAUUUAACAGGCUUCUGCAUGUUUGUUUUGAGUUUAGUGAAGAAACAUUAUCGUCUGCAGUUUUACAUGUUCGCAUGGACUCAUGUCACUUUGCUGAUCACUGUAACUCAAUCUCAUCUUGUCAUCCAAAAUCUCUUUGAAGGCAUGAUCUGGUUUUUGGUUCCAAUUUCAAGCGUUAUCUGCAAUGAUAUUACCGCUUACAUUUUUGGAUUCUUCUUUGGCAGAACUCCGUUAAUUAAGCUGUCUCCCAAGAAGACCUGGGAAGGCUUCAUUGGAGGCUUCUUUUCCACAGUUGUAUUUGGAUUUAUUUUUUCCUAUUUUUUGGCUCAACAUCAGUACUUUGUCUGCCCUGUGGAAUAUAACAGUGAAACCAACAGAUUUGUGACAGAGUGUGAACCUUCAGAGCUCUUUCAGAUGAAGAAGUACUCUGUGCCACCACUGCUGCAGGCUGCAUUGGGAUGGGAAACUGUGAAUAUGUACCCAUUUCAGAUGCACAGCAUUGCACUGUCAACGUUUGCCUCAUUAAUUGGGCCAUUUGGAGGAUUCUUCGCCAGUGGAUUUAAAAGAGCUUUCAAAAUCAAGGAUUUCGCAGACACUAUCCCUGGGCAUGGUGGGAUAAUGGAUCGCUUUGAUUGUCAGUACCUGAUGGCCACAUUUGUUCAUGUCUAUAUCACCAGUUUCAUAAGGGGUCCAAAUCCCAGCAAGUUACUGAAGCAGCUGUUGAUACUUCAGCCUGAGCAACAACUGAGCGUGUAUAAAACCCUGAAAUCUCACCUCGUCGAAAAAGGGAUCCUGCAGCCAUCUCUGAGAGGGUAGUUUGUCAAAACAGAGGGUUGGAAGAAACCUCCGUUUACAAGAAGCCUGUGGAAAAGCCUUGCAAAUGUGCACAUAGAUAAUAGCUAAAGGGAGAGGUGAAUGUCUCCUGAAAUAAAUGUGAAUUCUGUGACUUCCUAUGAGGACACAGAAGAGCUCUUGUUCCUAAAACAAUGAAAAUGCUUACAAAGUGACAGUACACGUGCUGUAUAUUUUAAUUCCUGAAGUGGAUGGCAGCGGUCUUCCCUCAGCACCCAGCCUGACAGGCUUUGUAUUUAAAAAAAAAAAAAAAAAAUCACUGUUAGUUUUUAAUGAGUUAUUUAAUAUUGUAUAUCUUUGCAAUACUUUUUUGGUCUCCAGUGGUUCCUGAAGCAUAAACAGAUGAGGCAGGCAGUCACUUUUAUGUUGCUGAAAUUACAGCUGGCCCGAAAAUACUUGUUAGGCCACUCAGAGGUACUCACAGCCUGCUGUAUCAGACUACCUGUAUUUACUAACCCACUAUGAAGUUUAAACUUGGCUCUAUUUUUAAUUAAACAGCUUUCUUAUGAAACUCUUUCAGGCUUUCCAGAGAAAAGUACCUUUACUGAAAUAUAGCUGGGCUGUUUGGGCUGUGGAGCUGCUAUUUUUUUGGUUAAGGUUACAGAUUAUAAACCAGCGUCUACAUCCCGGAGUAGAGACUACAUGAGAAAAUGGGAUUCUCCAACCCAGUGAACAGACUGAGGAGAAGAUGGAGUUUAAGCUCUUGGUUUCCACAGCCUGGUCAGUGUCUCAAGACAGUAAUUCAAGCCUUAUUCCUUGUGCCUAUUAAUUACCACGUAGAAUGGGGGUAUUUCCUUCUUUUUAAAAGCACUUUGAGGUCCUGAGUAAAAAGUGCAGUUUCACUGUUGUUUUAUUAAUGUGUUACUCAGUGAAGGCAGAAUCUUUCAUCUCAUGAGUGUGCAAGUGCAAGACAGGAUACAUGGUUCUUCUGCUGUGUGUGAGUAUUUAUUACGAAGAUCCUCAAGCAAGCUUGGGUAACCACAUAAGGUGUUUGAAUGGAGAAUUUUUCUAGAAAACAGCUAUUCUGUAGACUUUUGGGGGCAUAGGAGGGAAGCUGAUGCUCUGUAAUUCUUGAUCCUAGCUGUUUUCUAACUUUUUUUCACCAUGUGACCUGUCUUGACACCAAGAAAAAUAAUUUUUUUUUUAAAUGACAAAAAUUCCUCCUGUACAAACACAAAGCACAAAUGCCAAUUUUGUUUUGAUAUACUGUAACUUGAUACAAUUUAAUUUUUCCAACAAAUUGUAAAUAAGUUUCUCCUGCGGUGAACAUACCAAUGCCACAUCUGUGUGUGUAUAUAUAUAAAAUAGUAAAAGGUGUAUGUGUAUAUAAAAAGUGAAUGUUUUAAAUGGUUGGUGCUACUUGAGGAUAAAACCAUGGAGAAAAUCACUAGGGUGGGUGAUAAGCUGCAUCUGUAAAGUUCAGACUGCUUUUUUGUUGCGUGCCGUGCAGCUGAGACUACCGUGCACUCUGUUUUGCACUUAGGCCAGGGUAGCCCGUGUCCUGCUUGCUCUACAGGACUAGGAAAUUAAUUCCAGGUCUAAAGUAAUUCCUGUUGACGUUGGCUGUUUGACAGAAUGAAAUGAUGGCUGACCUGGAGAUUGCAGUACUGUAUUGAAGGAACACUCCACCAGGUGAAAAACGUUGCCAGCUGCUUGCCCCUCAGUGCCCGUGCGACUGGGAGGGGACUGAUUUUCAGCCCUUCCAGAAGCCUGAUGUUAAAAGGUACCACAGCCACGCAGUGGGACACGUGGAAAGGUGCUUUAAAAAGAAGGGAAAGGAAAAUGAGAGGGCGACCAAAGUAGCAUACCUGGAAAACUAACUUUUAGAUGAAUGAGGCUUUGGUAGAUGCUUAUAAAAAAACACAGCCGUCCUGGAGCUGGUAUAUCUUUAUCCUGGGUAUUGGAAAAAAAAAAAACCAACCAAAAACCAAAAAACAUAGAAUAUAUAUAUAUAAAAAGGUAAUUGUUACUUCAGAAACUUGAACUUUUUAGUGUAAUUUUAUAGCAUGUAUAAUAAGGAAGUUAAAAUAUAUUUUAGCAUUUAAUACAACAGAGCAUUUGAAAUGAAUUUGCACAAUAGGAAGUUCAGCACUGCGAUUCUGCUCUUCAAUGUUAACAUGAAGAAGGGGGAUCACUUGUGAACUCAUCAAUUUUCUGGGUAGAGUAAUAGCUUCCUGCUGGCUUAGGCUUGGUGUAAAUAAAGCCUGGCAGGACCUGUCACUUCACAGUGACGACUGUGCUUGCUUACUGUGAAGUGUAUUUACCCCUCUUGUUAGUUCCAAGCAUUGCAACAUGACCAACAGGAAAGUUUAACUUUUUACACCAGUGGUUCUUCUCACUUGCACUUUUGUUCCAAGUUGCUAUAAUUACCCGUUGAGCAAAAAAGAAAUGUAUAUUAUGUAAAUAUUGUAAAUGGUAUGAGCGUAUGAUGUCUGGUUUAGUUUGACUGUUUCAAUCUUUCAUUGAAAAA